CCUCGGAGGGGUCCUACCCCCCGUCCUCAGAGGAGUCUGGCCCUGGGGGGUCCCACGGAUCGGGCAUGAGGACACAGACACUGCUUGGCGCCGGCGAGGGCAAGGCUGAGGGUGUUGCACCCAGCACACUGCAGGGGGGACAUGGGAGGGUCUUUUCCCAUCGGCACCUCCCCAGAGCCCCGGGAGAAGCCGCUGUGUCCCUCCUGGCUUCCUGCGACUCUGUCUGGGCAUUCCCUGCCUCCUUUCCCGGGCGCUGCCUCCUUCCCUGCCUGGCCACCGCCUGCAUCGCUCCCCGGGCAUCCCCUGCAUCCCCGCCUGGGCAGAGCCUCCCUUCCCUCCGCGGGCUCUGCCUGCAUCGCUCCCGAGCAUCGCCGCCUGCAUCCCUGCCUGAGCGGUGCCUGCCUCCCCCCGGGCGCUGCCUCCAUCGCCGGCACCUCCCGCCCCGUGCCCCCGGCCGGGCUCCCCCGCCGCCGCCCGACCCCUCGGUAUCGCCGCGCCGGGCCGGGCCGGGCCGGGGCUCUGCAGCGGGGCCGCCCGCCCCGCUCCGGGCUCGCCGCAUGGCUCCGCCGCCCGCCGGGGCGCCGCCGGCCCGAGCCGCCGCUGCCAGUGACAGGGGAAAUGCAUCCUGAAUGGGGCUGAGGCCCCCUGCGUGGGAAUAUGCAGCCUCGGCACCGCAGGGGCAGCAGCAGGGCAGCAGCCGGCUCGCGGCAGCGGCGGCGGCAUGGUGGCAACGGUCAAGAUCGCCGUGCUGGGAGCGCAGGGCGUGGGCAAGAGUGCCAUAGUGCGGCAGUUCCUCUACAACGAGUUCAGCGAGGUCUGCGUGCCCACCACGGCCCGGCGCGUCUACCUGCCCGCCGUCGUCAUGAACGGCCACGUCCACGACCUGCAGAUCAUGGACUUCCCCCCCAUCACCGCCUUCCCCGUCAACACCCUGCAGCUUCGAGUACAUCAAAACCAUCCGCCAGCAGAUCCUGGAGACGAGGGUCAUCGGCACAUCGGAGACACCCAUCAUCAUCGUGGGCAACAAGCGGGACCUGCAGCGGGGCCGGGUGAUCCCGCGCUGGAACGUCUCCAACCUGGUGAAGAAGACGUGGAAGUGCGGCUACAUCGAGUGCUCGGCCAAGUACAACUGGCACAUCCUGCUGCUCUUCAGCGAGCUGCUCAAGAGCGUGGGCUGCGCCCGCUGCAAGCACGUCCACACCACCAUCCGCUUCCAGGGCGCCCUGCGCAGGAACCGAUGCACCAUCAUGUGAGCCCCCCCCCGGCCCCCAUGGACCCCUCUGGCCGUGCCAUUGUGGCCACCCAUCCUUGGGGACCGCGGCUCCCCCGGUGUCACCGCUCGAUGGGGGUGAUGUUGUGGUGGAAGCGGUGCUGGAGGCACCUCGGGGUUUGCUGCCCCGCCAGCGCUGGUACCCUGCGGUGACAUAUGGGGACAGUGCACCUUGGACAGGGUGAUGCCAUGGGCAGGAGGGUGGCCGGGAUGCCUGGAGAGAGCAAGGGGUGAGGGAGGACCGUGGUUAAACUGAGCCCUCCCCAAGCCUCCGGCGCUCGGGGUCAAAGCUG